GCAGCUCAGUUACGCCCAAAUCGUUUGGUAUGUGUCUCAGUAUUUUUUGAUCUUCUCGACGAAAGGAAGCUGGAAGAUCUCUCUGUAAAACGGUGAUUAAUUGUUGUUAUCGAAAGAUUUACAGACAACCUGCUACACGAAUCAUUUGAAAGAACAUCAGGAGCCUUGCAGAGUUAAACUCCAGUGGAAGCUUGCGAGUAAUGGAUCCUGGACGUUAUGUACAUCAGCAAGGAUGGGAUAAUAACAGCGCUCUGGAGGGGUAUCCUGCAGUGCAUGAGCCAGACUUCCGGGGUGGUGGUACAUAUAAUGGUAGAAGGUUUAUUGAUGAGGGAUUCCCAAGAGAGCGCACCUACCCUAGGAAUGCUUUUCAUCAAGACAUACUUGAGAGGGAUAAUUAUGCACCCCCGCCAGCAGUUGGCUCUUGGCCUCAACCAAGAAGGAAAGGUUUUGACGAUGAAUCAGCACUAGCAAGAGAUUCAAGACGAUAUGAGAAACCUUAUGGGGAUUCCUUACUUGAAAUGGACAGAUUUCGUGAAUCUGAUAAAUAUCGCGGAAUUGAUAAUUUUCAAGAAACGGAUAAGUUUCAAGAUAACUAUCGUGGCAGUGACAGCUACCACAAUCACGGGUUUGAUAGGUCUGCGAGGUUUAGUGGACGUAGCCGUGCUGAUUUUCUGCCGGAUGAUUAUGAUUAUAGGCAUCGUAUCUCCCGUAGCAGGGAGGAUAGCCAUGAAAGAGAUUAUGAUUAUAAUCGGUCCAGCUAUGAUUCUGAUUAUGACAGAGGCAGUAAGGGAGAUGAUAGUUGGAAGAGGCGUGAUUCUCGUCGUAUACGUGAUAAAAAAAGUUCGAGCAGGGAGAAAGAUCAAAGUCCACCCAGGAAACGUGAGCGUUCUUGGUCCCGUGGACGUGAUGAUCGCCAGAGAUCAAGGUCUCCUAGAGGUCGCAGCCAUGGUCGAAGUCACCGGGAGGACAAUUAUGAUGAAGGGAGGCAUGAGAGGAGUGAGAGGCGAAGGGAUCGUGAUGAUAGACGAAGUCACGAGUCUUCUUCAUCGUUUCCAUCUGCUACAGUUGUGGUGAAGGGCUUGUCACAAAAGACAACUGAGGAAGAUCUUUAUCAGAUCCUAGCAGAAUGGGCCCCCCUACGUCAUGUUCGAGUUAUAAAAGAACGGAAUUCUGGCUCUUCCCGUGGAUUUGCAUUUAUUGACUUUCCUUCUACGGUAUCGGCUCGUACUAUGAUGGAUGGAAUCGGAGAUGACGGUCUCGUUGUUGAUGGAAGAAAACUAUUUUUUGAGUACAGUAGCAAGCCGACUGGUGGCACAGGUGCACCUUCUUAUGGACAGGGCAGUCCAAUGAAAUCUAGUCAUGGUAAUAGAAGUUUGCCGCCAUCUGAUUGGAUGUGCACUAUAUGUGGUUGUGUGAAUUUUGCAAGGCGAACAUCCUGUUUCCAGUGUAACGAGGCAAGAAGUGAUGAUGCUCCUGCUGCAGAUGAGGCAUCAUCUAAUUCUACAGGAAGGAAGGGGCCUGAUGCUGGUCCUACUCAUGUAUUAGUUGUCCGUGGGUUGGAUGAGAAUGCAGAUGAAGAAAUGCUUCGUUAUGAGUUUUCAAAGCAUGCUCCGAUUAAGGAUCUUCGUCUUGUUAGAGACAAAUUUACGCAUGUGUCCAGAGGGUUCGGCUUUGUUCAUUUCCAUUCGGUGGAGGAUGCUACAAAAGCUCUAGAAGCGACAAAUGGAACCACUCUUGAAAAGAAUGGUCAGCUCCUACGGGUAGCAUAUGCAAAAAGUAUACAUGGACCUGGACCAGGGGGAUCACAAUCUAGCAGCCUAGCUGCAGCUGCUAUUGAGGCGGCAACGUUUGCUCAACAGUAUGAUGCUGUUGGUUGGGCACCAAAAGAAUAUAAUCCUGAUGCGAAACACUCUGCCAGCGGACAGGAGCAACAAGGCGGAGGCGAACAGGCAGAUCCAAAAGAUGAUUCAGCCGUUCAAUCUGGGUUUGUUUGGGAUGAAGCAUCCGGUUAUUAUUAUGAUGCCUCUUCUGGAUUCUACUAUGAUGGCAAUUCAGGUCUUUAUUACGAUGGUAACAACGCUACCUGGUACUCGUAUGAUCAUCAAAGUCAGCAAUAUGUACCUUGUACUGAUCAAGAUGACAACAAGGCAUCUGGGAAGCCAUCGAAUGAUACAUCAUCCAAAGCCUUGGAUGGCGCUAAUAGCAAUAAAAGAGUAGUUAUAUCUGCACCUGCUGCAACAAUAUCAUCAAAUGAGAAGGUGGCAUCAUCAUUACCCGAUGCUGUCCAAGCUGCUGCUGCAGCAGCAUUAGCGGCGGAGAAGAGGGAGAAAGAGAAGGUAAAAGAGAUAAAAUUGGCUUCGAAGGGCAGUAUUCUGGCGAACAAGAAGAAUUUGAAUAAUGUUUUAACCAAGUGGAAGCAAAGAAAUCAUGAGAGUCAGGCUGCGCGCGUUGUUCUCGAUGACAAUCAGCCAUCUGCUGCAACAGAUGCAAAAGCCAAGUUCAAAGCUGAUGCUAUAACUACAAAAGAUUAUCCUACAAGUAGCUCUGCUCUUGUGCCUGGAUCUGUAGGUCGUGAUGCAUCUAAUAUCUCAUCUAUAGCUGUUGCUGCUCAAGUGGAAUCUUCGGCUAAGCCAAGGCCAAUAAUGGGAGUGAUUAGGGGCUCUGGGAGAGGGACGGUGAAAUCAGAUACAGUGUAUUCGGGUUCACUGUGUGGAGUUCCCACACCAACUGCUGUGGGCAGCUCUGGGGGAUCAUCAGUGAACCUAGAGACUCCAGCUGCUGCCACUCCUUUCAAAACAGAUGUCUCUGCAUUGGGCUCUUAUACACCACCCGUGGUUGCUGGGAGUGGUAAGAGGAGGUUUUCUGAGAUGCCAAUUCAACAGGCUUCAUCUCAAAAGGAACAACAAGUUCAAACCACAUAUAGAGACCGUGCAGCUGAGAGGAGGAGCUUGUAUGGAUCAUCAUCAUCGCUUGGAGAUGAUCAAUCAGACCUUGGGCUAGGGGAUUCAAAUCGGCAUUCCAGAAAGGGUUCUUUGUUGGAUCCAUCGGUGAUGCCCUUUCCUCCUGGGGUUGGAGGUGGACGCGUUGCAGAUGUCAAUAGCAAUGUUGAGAGUUUUGAAGUGAUCACCGCUGAUAAAGCGAUUGGUGAGAGCAAUAAAGGCAACCGGAUGUUGCGCAACAUGGGAUGGCAGGAGGGCUUGGGACUUGGAAAGGACGGUAGUGGGAUAACGGAGCCAGUCCAGGCUGAAGGGAUGGAUCGACGGGCAGGACUCGGUAGUCAGCAAAAGAAAGACCCUCGUCUGAAGAUUUUUUUUCAGGUGAACCUAUUUAAACCCUCUUUUAAUCGUGUAUGGGUACACGGAGCGCAAGUGCAUAAACACAAGUGUGAUGUGGACAGUGGGAUUGCAUGGUGAUUACACCCUCACCGUCCCGAUCUACUUUACUUCUUGGGGAGGUUCAGAUGGCAUUGUAUUUACAGAGUUCUUCUUGGGGAGGUUCCAAUGGCAUUGUAUUUACAGAAUUUUUAAGUACAUAAUGUUCACUACUUGUUCUACUCUUCUCUUUUAACUGAUUAGUCUUAUGUGACUAUGUUAACCUUAUAACACACUUUUCUCAUGCUAGCCAGACCGAUAACAGAAAAGGCAACUAGCCUUAAUCCCGGGUAUCCAUGAGUGUUUCCCGAUAACACAUAAGUGCAUCGCUACUUGGUUCAACCUGACUCGAUAUGAGUGGCAUGUUUAAUAAU